AAAUAUUAUAACCAAAAUAACCUCAAAAAUUUGGUCUAAAAAUUUCAACUUUUUGAUGUGAAAAUUAAAACAAACCGUAAAAAUGAGUGGACGAAUUUUAUUUCGUUCAUUUUACUACAAAAUUAUUCAACGACCAUCCUACAAAAGCAAUAUACAGCCGUGCAAUAGGUUAUUUAUCAGUGUUUUCUGUAACGAAUUCUCAACCAAAGCUGCGAGUCAGAUUGAGGAGAAGAAACACUGUAAUAUUGGUACUAUAGGGCACGUAGACCAUGGGAAGACCACCUUGACUGCUGCCAUUACGAAGGUAUUGGCUAACGACGGUUUAGCACAUUUUGUUUCGUACGAUGAGAUUGAUAGGGCACCUGAAGAAAAGGCAAGAGGUAUAACAAUAAACGCAGCUCACAUAGGCUAUAACACAAAACUCAGGCAUUACGCUCACACCGACUGCCCCGGACACGCUGAUUAUGUACGGAACAUGAUAUCAGGAGCGUCUCAGAUGGACGCUGCAAUUUUAGUGGUCGCUGCAAACGAUGGACCGAUGCCUCAGACUAGAGAGCACUUGUUGCUAGCCAAACAAGUGGGGAUACAGCACAUAUUGGUGUUUAUAAAUAAAGCUGAUAUUGUUGAUAAUGAGCUUUUAGAGUUAGUAGAAAUUGAAAUGAGAGAGCUGAUGACUGACUUUGGAUAUGAUGGCAACACCGUGCCAAUGAUUUGUGGCUCUGCACUGAAGGCUUUGAACGGAGACGAAUCUGAGUUUGGUGCACCCUCAAUACGAAUGCUUCUAGACACAAUGGACUCCUACGUGCCACCCAUAGUGCGAGACCUCACCUCUCCGUUCCUCAUGCCCAUAGACAACGCUUUCACAGUGCCCGGACGAGGUACGGUGGUCGUUGGUACCAUAAAGAGAGGGGUUAUGAAGCGGAAUGAUGAUGCGGAUCUGAUGGGCUUUGGUUACAAUAUCAAGACUACGCUGUCUGAUAUACAGAUAUUUAAGAAGAGUGUUACAGAGGCACUAGCCGGCGACAACGUAGGCGUACUCCUAAGAGGCAUGAAGAUGAAGUCAGUCGAGACUGGCAUGCUGCUCUGCGCUGCAAAGAGCUUCCAAUUGAGCAACCAUUACAAAGCGAAAAUUUAUUUCUUGACGCGCAACGAGGGUGGCAGGAAGAAGCCGGUGUUUUCGAAAUAUUCACAGCAGAUGUUCAGCGGGACUUGGAAUAUUGCUGCGAGAAUUGAUUUGGAUCCAUCAAUGCACAUGAUGAUGCCUGGUGACCAUGGGGAGGUCUACAUAACCUUACUAGAAGGCAUGGUGAUGACGCAAGGCCAGCCGUUCACAAUUAGAGAGAACAAUGUCACAGUGGCCACUGGAAUCAUAACCGAGACUCUGAAGUCUAUAGACGUUCCUAAAGGAAAACUAGGAAAAGUUGUGAUGAAUUAUGAAUAGGGAUGUAAAUAGUAUUGUAAUUUGUAGAUAUUGUUAAUAAAUUAUUUGAUUAAUACUU